GAGAAAGGGAGAAAGAGAAGAGGAAAAAAUCCCUCCCUUCUCCUUCCAUUCCUCCUCUUCCCCUCCUUCCUUCUCCGCUAGCUCGGGCUCGGCCCCGGCCCCGUAGCCUCAUCCCAGCCAGCAUGCCCGGCUCAACCGCUCGCCCGCCCCUGCUGCUGCUGCUGCAGCUGCUGCUGCCGCCGCUGCUGUCCCUGCUGCUGCUGCUGCUGCUGCUGCCCCCGCGCCCGGCCGGGGCGCUGGACUUGGCCGAUUACACCUAUGACCUGGGUGAAGAGGAGGACCCUGAGCCUCUGAACUACAAAGACCCCUGCAAAGCCGCUGCAUUUCUUGGGGACAUUGCUCUGGAUGAAGAGGACUUGAAGGCCUUCCAGGUGGAACAGAUUGCGGAACUCAGGCAGCAGGCCAUCCUCAGGGCGACUGGCAAAGCCUCAGCCCCAGGAAAUACUUCUACCCCUGCCAACCAGUAUGCUCGGAGACGGCUUCAAAGGAAGGCCCAGGAGAAGCUGAGGGGCCGGGGUCGGGGCCGGUCCCGGAGCAGGAGAGCAGCAACAUCCCGGCCGGAGCGAGUGUGGGUCGAUGGCAUCAUCCCCUUUGUCAUUGGAGGGAACUUCACCGGCAGCCAACGGGCAGUCUUUCGGCAGGCCAUGAGACACUGGGAGAAACACACGUGUGUCACCUUUCUGGAGCGCACAGAUGAGGACAGUUACAUCGUGUUCACCUACCGACCCUGCGGGUGCUGCUCUUAUGUGGGUCGCCGGGGCGGGGGACCCCAGGCCAUCUCCAUUGGGAAGAACUGUGACAAGUUUGGCAUCGUUGUCCAUGAACUGGGCCAUGUCAUCGGCUUUUGGCAUGAGCACACACGACCUGACCGUGACAACCACGUUGCCAUCGUGAGGGAGAAUAUCCAGCCAGGACAGGAGUAUAAUUUCCUGAAGAUGGAGCUCGAGGAAGUGGAAUCUCUGGGGGAGACCUACGAUUUCGACAGCAUCAUGCAUUAUGCUCGAAACACUUUCUCCAGGGGUAUCUUCCUGGACACUAUUGUUCCCAAAUAUGAUGUAAAUGGGGUAAAACCCCCUAUUGGCCAGAGGACUCGGCUCAGUAAGGGGGACAUUGCCCAAGCCCGAAAGCUCUACAAGUGCCCAGCCUGUGGAGAGACUCUUCAGGACAGCACUGGAAACUUCUCCUCUCCUGAAUACCCCAACGGCUAUUCUGCCCACAUGCACUGCGUUUGGCGCAUCUCAGUCACACCUGGAGAAAAGAUUCUUCUGAAUUUUACUUCCCUGGAUUUAUACCGCAGCCGGCUGUGCUGGUAUGACUACGUAGAGGUUAGAGACGGGUUUUGGAGAAAAGCUCCCCUCCGAGGAAGAUUCUGUGGGAGCAAACUCCCUGAACCCAUCGUCUCCACUGACAGCCGCCUCUGGGUGGAGUUCCGAAGCAGCAGCAAUUGGGUUGGAAAAGGCUUCUUUGCUGUUUAUGAAGCUAUCUGUGGGGGUGAUGUAAAGAAGGACAAUGGCCAUAUUCAGUCACCCAAUUACCCAGAUGACUACCGACCCAGCAAAGUCUGUAUUUGGCGGAUCCAGGUGUCUGAGGGCUUCCACGUGGGGCUUACUUUCCAGUCCUUUGAGAUUGAACGUCAUGACAGCUGUGCCUAUGACUACCUGGAGGUACGGGAUGGAAACAGUGAGACCAGCACUCUGAUUGGACGAUACUGCGGGUAUGAGAAACCAGAUGACAUCAAGAGCACAUCUAGCCGUCUCUGGCUCAAGUUUGUCUCCGAUGGAUCCAUCAACAAAGCUGGCUUUGCUGUCAACUUUUUCAAAGAGGUGGACGAGUGCUCCCGGCCCAACCGAGGAGGCUGUGAGCAGCGAUGUCUCAACACUCUAGGCAGUUAUAAAUGCAGCUGUGACCCAGGCUAUGAGCUGGCUCCAGACAAGCGUCGCUGUGAAGCUGCCUGUGGUGGUUUUCUUACCAAACUCAAUGGCUCCAUCACCAGCCCAGGGUGGCCCAAGGAGUACCCCCCCAAUAAGAACUGUAUCUGGCAACUUGUGGCACCUACCCAGUACCGAAUCUCCUUACAAUUUGACUUCUUCGAAACAGAGGGAAAUGAUGUGUGCAAGUAUGACUUUGUGGAAGUGAGAAGCGGACUGACAGCGGAUUCCAAACUUCACGGCAAGUUCUGCGGUGCCGAAAAACCCGAGGUGAUAACCUCCCAGUACAACAAUAUGCGAGUGGAGUUUAAGUCGGACAACACUGUCUCCAAGAAGGGCUUCAAGGCUCACUUCUUCUCAGAAAAAAGGCCAUCACUGCAGCCACCUCGGGGACGCCCCCAGCCGUUCAAAAACCGAAUGCAGAAAAGAAACCGGACCCCACAGUGAGGCCAGUGUGGCCUUUCCAGCCUGUUUGUUACUCAGGAACUCCACCUUGGAAGAAAGGGGGGGCUAUGAGCCCCCCCACCCACACCUCAACUCCUUUGUUCCCUCCAUUCUGGCCUACAUCUCCUUGCCCCCCUGCCAUGGCCGGACAGAACUGGUGCUCUCCUCUUCCCCCCUCCCCCUGGGUGCUUCCCCACCCUACCCCCUCCCAUUUUGAUGGUGUCUGUGACAUUUCCUGUUGUGAAGUAAAAGAGGGACCCCUGUGUCCUGCUCCUUUCUCUUGCAGUCUGCUUGUCCAUGUGUCUGUUUUUCCACUUGUCCGUCUGUCCAGUAAGCAGGUAAUGGUAGGGGAUCCCCACGUCGGUCAUUUGCAUUUCCCUACUCCCCCGUCCCACUUUCUGCCUCGUACCUACCUUCUCUCCCCACAUCAUGGAUGAUUCCUGGGCUGCACAACUAGGCCUCCCACAUCUGGUUGCUACUUAAUGCUCUGACCUCUGGAUCCCAUAACCUCAGCUUGCCCUUGCCCUCAGGGAGAGGAAAGCCUGGACUCUCCUCCCACCCACAGGAGUAUAGCCCUUCACCUCCUCCCUGCCCUGGCCCUGCCAUGCCUGCCCCCAGCCCACAGAGAGGGCUUUGUGUUGUGUUUGCUCUCUCUCCCACACAGACAAGGAUGAGUGUUCCAAAGACAAUGGUGGAUGCCAGCAGGACUGCGUUAACACCUUCGGCAGCUACGAGUGCCAGUGCCGA